AUGUCAGGAAGUUUAUCUACUAGGGUCAUGAAUAUGAAAUUCAUGCAAAAGGCCGAUAGUCCAAAGGUGAAUGAGGGUCGUGAAGAAGAAAAGCGAACGCUCAAGGAUGUGUCGGAGUGGUCAUUGCCCCAUCUGGCGAAAGUGUUGAAAAUGGCACUGCAUACACCUAAGGUAGAGGUCCUCGGAUACGGUUCCAUACUAAACGAUCGAAACUAUACGACACGGAAAUUCCAGGCACCGAAUGACAAAGAGGUGUUGGGUAGUGGUGAACAACAACAUGAAACAAGGGAGCUCAGUAACCUUUGGAAGAAAAGGAAACCAGAUGGCUCACCUGACAGAGGUCAAAAGAGGCGAGCUAUUUGA